AUGCGAAGGGUAAGCGCAUUGGCGCUUUUGAGCGUUCUUGCUCACGGUACCUUGACGGCAGCCGACAGCUUGCCGCGAGGCGUUGGGCCUGAGUUCGUCAAAUUCUACGCGAGCAAAUCUACCUUCACAUGUAUCGGCAACCCCUCUAUUACCCUCGAUCCGUCCCAAGUCAAUGACAACUCCUGCGAUUGCCCCGAUGGCUCUGACGAGCCAGGCACGGCUGCCUGUGCGCACAUCGACGCACUUUCGCCCGAGCAACCCCUUCCUGGGUCGAUCACGGGCACCACCAACACAACCAAUGCCCUCCCGGGCUUCUGGUGUGCCAAUGCAGGCCACAUUGGAGCAUACGUACCAUUCAUGUACGUGAAUGAUGGGGUAUGCGACCACGAUAUAUGCUGCGAUGGCAGUGACGAGUUUGCGCACGUUGGCGGGGUCCAAUGCGAGAAUCGUUGCGACGCGAUUGGCAAAGAGCAUCGUCGGCUCGAAGAAGAGCGCAGGCAGAAUAAGGAGCGGUCAGCUAAACGGCGGCGAACUAUGGCCAAGGAAGCCCGAGAGCUGCGCCGAAGAGUGGAGACCAAAGUCACUGCCUUGAAGGCGGAACUUCAGGGACUCGAGAUCAAGAAGGAGGAGAUGCAAAAGAAAUACGAAGAGGUCGAGCGCUCCGAGCGCAACAAGGUCGUCAAGGUCGACGGACAAGGGGGGAAACUUGGCGUUCUUGUUGGUCUAGCGAAAACCCGGGUUUCCGAGCUCCGCAAUGCUCUGGACAAACUGUUGGACCAGCGCGAUGACCUGCAGGACAGAGUUGAUCAGCUCGAGGAUAUUCUCACCAAGUUCAAGGAAGAAUAUAACCCCAACUUCAAUGAUGAAGGUGUCAAAGCCGCGGUCAAGGGUUGGGAGGACUACGCGGCUGCUCAAACCGGCGAGAAACAGGCCGAACUAUCGGACGCGGAUAUUAUGGAGAUGCUGAAGGAAGACGGUGAGGUUUCUGGGAUUAACUGGGCUGAGUUCGAGAACUCGGACGCCAGUGACGUAGACGUCGCUUACCUCCCAAGCCCCGUCAAUGACUUCAUCCGCGACAAGAUCAAUGUCUUGCGUAUUUGGGCCAUCGACAACGGCAUCCUUGCUGACAACCGCAGUGGUGCUGGAGAGUCUCGUCUGGUGACGGCAGCCAGGGAGGCGCUAGAUGCUGUGAAGAGCGAUAUUUCGUCCAGGACAUCAAGUCUGGAAGAGCAACAGCGUGAUUUAGAGAAAGACUACGGCAUGGACGACAUUUUUCCGUGCUCUCAAGGGGAAAAAAGCAAGAAGGGCCACGGAAACACCAAUAUGGGCAACUUCGUGCGCAUCGACAAGGCGUUGGCAGACGAGGAAGAACGGGCCGAUGGGAAGAGUCUGGGCAAGGGCGAAAGAAUGGUGCUGCGGUACGAAAACGGCCAAGGCUGUUGGAAUGGCCCGAACAGGAGGACCGAUGUCUGGCUCACAUGCGGGGAGACGGACGAGUUGUGGCGUGUGUCAGAGUCCGAAAAGUGCGUCUACAAAAUGGAGGUGGGCACUCCCGCUGCCUGCGAAGACGUGCAAGAGCCGGGGGUGCAGGCCAAGGAUGAGCUGUAG